UGCAGUAAUUCUAGUCAACUGACUGAAGGAAAAAGGUCUAUGGAUCAAGAUUUUAGCGAUGUUGAAACAAUCAAUAAUGACUAUUAUAACGAUGAAGAUGAAACGGAAGAUACUCAAAAGUUUCCAAAUCUUUGA